AUGACCGUGGAAAUUCCCUUUGUGCGACACGCCUUUGACGGGUCUGAGGCCACCGACUCGAUACGACGUCUCGCCUCGUUUCUUUUCCAGGACGCCGGGUCAAGCGAGGGGGAGAUUCGCGUUACGAGGUUGACCGAAGGCACCACCAAUGCGUUGUUCAAAGCUAGUCGCCAAAGCACUGGCCAGGCCUCAGAGACGGUGCUGGUCAAGGUCUACGGUGAAGGCACCGAGAUCACGAUCGACCGAAAUAAGGAGAUCAAGCUACACAAGAUUCUCUCUGACAACAAGCUUGCCCCCUCCCUCUUGGUCCGCUUCUCCAAUGGCCACGGAUACCAGUAUCUCGACGGCACGCCAUGUUCGGUCGACGCGAUUGCGGACGCCAAGAUCUGGCGCGGUGUCGCUCGAGAACUCGCGCGGUGGCACGCUGUCCUCCCAGCUGCGCCGGUGAACAGUGCCGAGGCCGCUCUGAAAUUCGAGCCCAGUGUUUGGUCGACUGCGACUAAAUGGCUUGACGCGCUCCCUAGCGAGACGGCACAGCAACGGGCCCAGAAGGGUCUAUUGGACGCCGAGUUUCAGUACUUGGUGGAGAAGCUGUUGAGAGACCGCCCGCAGGAUUCCCUGGUAUUUGGACAUGGCGACUUACUAUGCGGCAAUAUCAUCAUCCAAGACCAGGACGCCGAGGGAAUGCAGAAUGACGUUGCAUCGGUCAAAUUCAUCGACUACGAACACUCGACCUACUGCCCGCGGGCGUUUGAGCUGGCGAAUCACUUUGCCGAAUGGACCGGGUUCGAGUGCGACUACGCCCGGCUGCCGACGACGUCGACGCGGCGCGCCUUCAUCCACGAAUAUCUCCAGACGCAUCACGACAUGGCGACGGAGCGGCACGGCGCGGCCGGGUUGGCCACGUCUCGGGCGAGCGAGGCCGAGGUGGACCAGGCCAUGGCCGACGUGGACACGUUCCGGGGCUUCCCUGGCUUCUACUGGGGGCUCUGCGCGUUGAUCCAGGCCCAAGCAUCCACCGGGUCGAUCGAGUUCGAUUAUGCGGGCUACGCGGAGAAGCGCUUCUCCGAGUAUUGGGCAUGGCGGCAGCAGGACGGGCCAGGCUCUGGCAAGGCCGAGACCAAUCAGGCCAUGGAACAGAGGGAGACGAGAUGGGCCGCCUCUUAG